CGCGGAGGGCAGAGCUCGGAGCCGGGGCGCGCGGAGGGCAGAGCUCGGAGCCGGGGCGCGCGGAGGGCAGAGCUCGGAGCCGGGGCGCGCGGAGGGCAGAGCUCGGAGCCGGGGCGCGCGGAGAGCGAAGAGCCGGAGCGCGCGGAGGAGCCGCGGCGCGCGGAGAGAAGAGCCGGGGAGCGCGGGCCGGGCUCGCGCGCCGACCUCAGGCCCAGCGGCGCGACGGGCGGACAGCAUGCUGAGCCUCCUCGUCUGGAUCCUCACUCUCUCCGACACUUUCUCUCAAGGGGCCCAGACCCGCUUCAGCCAGGAACCAGCUGAUCAGACGGUGGUUGCUGGGCAGAGAGCUGUGCUCCAGUGUGUGCUCCUCAACUACUCGGGGAUUGUGCAGUGGACCAAGGAUGGACUGGCCCUGGGCAUGGGCCAGGGCCUCAAAGCCUGGCCGCGGUACCGAGUUGUGGGCUCUGCGGAGGCCGGGCAGUACAACCUGGAGAUCACAGAUGCUGAGCUCUCAGAUGACGCGUCCUAUGAGUGCCAGGCCACAGAGGCUGCCUUGCGUUCCCGGCGGGCCAAACUCACCGUGCUCAUCCCUCCGGAGGACACCAGGAUCGACGGCGGCCCCGUGAUUCUGCUGCAGGCGGGCACUCCCCACAACCUCACGUGCCGAGCCUUCAAUGCCAAGCCUGCCGCCACCAUUAUGUGGUUCCGGGAUGGGACGCAGCAGGAGGGUGCGGUGGCCAGCACGGAGCUGCUCAAGGAUGGGAAAAGGGAGACCACCAUCAGCCAGCUGCUCAUCGACCCCACAGACCUGGACAUUGGGCGUGUCUUUACCUGCCGCAGCAUGAAUGAGGCCAUCCCUAGUGGCAGGGAGACUUCCAUCGAGCUCGACGUUCACCACCCUCCCACAGUGACCCUGUCCAUUGAGCCUCAGACAGUGCAGGAGGGUGAGCGUGUCGUCUUCACGUGCCAAGCCACAGCCAACCCUGAGAUCCUGGGCUACAGGUGGGCCAAGGGGGGGUUCUUGAUUGAAGAUGCCCAUGAGAGUCGCUAUGAGACAAAUGUUGAUUACUCCUUCUUCACGGAGCCUGUGUCCUGUGAGGUCCACAACAAAGUGGGGAGCACCAAUGUCAGCACUUUAGUGAACGUCCACUUUGCCCCUCGGAUUGUAGUUGACCCCAAGCCCACAACCACAGACAUUGGCUCUGAUGUGACCCUUACCUGUGUCUGGGUUGGGAAUCCCCCCCUCACCCUCACCUGGACCAAGAAGGAUUCAAACAUGGGGCCCAGGCCUCCUGGCUCCCCACCCGAGGCUGCUCUCUCUGCCCAGGUCCUGAGUAACAGCAACCAGCUGUUGCUAAAGUCAGUGACCCAGGCAGACGCUGGCACAUACACCUGCAGAGCCAUCGUGCCUCGCAUCGGAGUGGCCGAGCGGGAGGUGCCGCUCUAUGUGAACGGGCCCCCCAUUAUCUCCAGUGAGGCGGUGCAGUAUGCUGUCAGGGGGGAUGGCGGUAAGGUGGAGUGCUUCAUCGGGAGUACCCCGCCCCCGGACCGCAUCGCGUGGGCAUGGAAGGAGAACUUUUUGGAAGUGGGGACCCUGGAACGCUACACAGUGGAGAGAACCAACUCGGGCAGCGGGGUACUGUCCACGCUCACCAUCAACAACGUCAUGGAGGCCGACUUCCAGACCCACUACAACUGUACUGCCUGGAACAGCUUUGGGCCAGGCACAGCCAUCAUCCAGCUGGAAGAGCGAGAGGUCUUCCCUGUGGGCGUCAUCGCCGGUGCCACCAUUGGCUCGGGCAUCCUGCUCAUCGUUUUCUUCAUCACCUUGGUAUUCUUCCUCUACAGGCGCCGCAAAGGCAGUCGCAAAGAUGUGACCCUGAGGAAACUGGACAUCAAGGUGGAGACCGUGAACAGAGAGCCACUCACGGUGCAUUCUGACCGGGAGGAAGACACGGCCAGCAUGUCCACGGCCACCCGGGUCAUGAAAGCCAUCUACUCGUCUUUUAAGGACGACGUGGAUCUGAAGCAGGACCUGCGCUGUGACACCAUCGACACGCGGGAGGAGUAUGAGAUGAAGGAUCCCACCAAUGGCUAUUACAAUGUGCGUGCCCACGAAGACCGCCCAUCCUCCAGGGCUGUGCUGUACGCUGACUACCGCACCCCUGGGACUGCGCGCUUCGACGGCCGCCCGUCAUCCCGCCUCUCCCACUCCAGUGGCUAUGCCCAGCUCAACACCUACAGCCGGGCCCCCGCCUCCGACUACGGCACAGAGCCCACGCCCUCCGGCCCCGCCGCCCCUGGUGGUACUGACACGGCCAGCCAGCUGUCCUAUGAGAACUACGAGAAGUUCAACUCUCACCCCUUCCCCGGGGCAUCGGGGUAUCCCACCUACCGACUAGGCUACCCCCAGGCCCCACCGUCGGGCCUGGAGCGGACCCCCUACGAGGCCUACGACCCCAUCGGCAAGUAUGCAACAGCCACACGAUUCUCCUACACCUCGCAGCAUUCGGACUAUGGCCAGCGAUUCCAGCAGCGCAUGCAGACUCACGUGUAGGGCUGGAGCUCGGCUGGGGCAUCUCUGCAGGGCAGAGGAGAAGGCUGUCCAGCUGUCCCUGACCCCUGACAUUCAGGGGCGUUGCUCGUUGCUCUUUUCUUGGACCAGCCUUCCUCCUCCUGCCAUGGCAAAUAGGGAGCGGGUCUCCCAGAAACACCCCAUCCCAAGGAUGGUGCUGUGCAUACCCGGUCUCCUGGGCCUGCCCUUCCCUCUUCUCCCUUCUGACCUGUGCUCUUGCCUGACCCCUAGUGUGGGGCCGGGGAAAGUGAAGUUUGGGGAAAGCAGAGGGGCUACUUUUUAACAUUCCUUUUCUGUCCCACCUUGCUGGGCUCCCGUAAGUGGACAUGGUGGUGUGCGAGGGUAGGCAGGCUUCGGCUCCUGGCCCAGCAGCUGGCGUCUGGGAUUGCCUAGCCAGUCCUCUUCUUGGCUUUCAUGACCUAGGUGCAUCUUUCCCACCUCAGAAUGUUGGAGACUGGAGCUUGGAGUUAUUUUUAUCUCUUGUCUACAAAAACCCUGACGCUGAGUUCUAAUCCAGCCCUCAUUCAGCUGAGAUCGGGCUGCAGCUGUGGCCACCUGCUUGUCAGCGGGUGCGGGGUUCCAGAAGUCACCCCUAGCACUGCCCUCCUUCACCUUGGUGCUGAGCUAGAGAGGUGGCCUUGCUGUGAGGGAAAGGAAUGGUCCUGACAGGGCUGGGUGGCGGUUUCCAGAUCCAGCACCAGAAGGAGCCACUUAAGCCCCCUUCCCUCCUUUAUCUGUCCCACUUCCUGGCUUUAACUCUUAAAUUGGCUUGGGGAGUAGGCUGGGGCUGGGGGUGUUCAGGCUACUUUUCAAAAGCAACAACAACAAAAAUACAAUGAAAACCUCAUUUGGGGGCGGGGAGCUGUAGUGGUUCUCCACCUAAACAUAAGUCCUAGUGGAAAGGAGAAAGGGCCCCUCUUCUCCAAAUUAUCCAUCACCCUUUCCAUCUCCAGUGCUUUGAAGCCAUUUUGUACAUCCAGGUUGUGAGGCCUGUGUGCAGUGGGCUCUUGGGGAGUUAGAGCCCCUGGCUCUCAGCCCACACUGGGCCAUCCCCACCCCAGUUAGAAACCACCUAGCUGGGCCACGGGAGAUGCUCAACCCGACAAGUUUUGUUUUGUCCUUUUUAUUUCCUUGGCCCAGUCAUAUUCUUUCUACUUUUAGUGCCUUGGGUGUCAAGCCUCACAUGCUGUCCCCAUGUGGGUGGCUGCACAGGGACACAGGUACUUGUGAACCUCAUGUGGGCUGCCCAUUUCUAGCAUCUGAGGAGAGACAGGGGCAGUGGAUGUGAUGGGAAGGGGCUGGAAAUGGCCCUGAAGGAGAACGCCGUCUGUCCAGAUGGAGACCGCGGCACGGAGGACGCGGCCGCGCUCCACGGCAUGUAAUCUCUCUUCCAUGCAGAGCGCAUGGCAUGUGAUCUCUCUUCAGUGCAGAGUGCACGCAAGCCACACUCAUCCCACGCCGCCAGUUCCCCACUGCCACUUUCUUACCAAAGAGAACGCUUAUCCUUGCCCUGACCCCGUCUGGGGUCCCCAUUCAUUCCCUUAUCCUUGCCCUGACCCCGUCUGAGGUCCCCAUUCAUUUCCUGCCUGAGGUCAGCAUCCCGAUGGGGGCUGUGGCACACUUUUCCAGAAUGUUCCUCGCCCUUUCUUGGUGGUCACCCAUCAUUACUCUUCUUUGUGCUCGUCAGCCGUGAGCCUUCACUACCCUUACAGGUGGUCCUGUGGGGUGACAUUCCCAGCCACCCACUUGCUGGUAGGGACCAGGUAAUACCCAGGAAGCUGGUAGCUCCAGAUCCAACCUAGCCAGCCGGCUCUGUCUCUUCCUCCCCACUCCUCCCCUUCCUCCUCCCCAGCAAGUGCAUUCUCUGCCUGGGGGUCCUACAUGGGUAACUGACACACUUGUAGCUACACCCCACUCCAGGUCACAUACCUGCAGAGCCCUUUCAUGAGAGCUCAGCAAGAAAGUGUGUGAAGAAUGUAGGCCCCUGUACAUAGAAAGUCAUGAAAGUUUUCAUUUUCAUUGACACCAGAAGCCAUGGGUAAUCCAAACACUUUAAGUAUAGUGGCUUUUUAAGGAGGAAUACCCCCCCAAAAAAAAUCAUGUUUUGAAUUUGGCCAGAUUCUCUUAUUUCUUCAUUUAUGUAAAUCUUUACCACUGAAAUGAUGUGGGUCAGUGCCAAGGUCACGAGGUGACUCUGCUAGCACUACUGUGGGUGCCAAGCGCUAUGCAGACGCACACGAGCACCGUCGUCUAGGGCGAUCUCACCCUCCCACUUCAUGCUCAGAGUUGGGGCGUGCGGGAGGCCAGUGGAAUGGCGUGUGUGGGGAGUUGAACGCCCCUCGAUCACAGGGCUGUCUGAGGCUGAAGUUCUCCAACGUGUGGCACCCCGUAUAUUUGAUUAAUCACCUGUGAUGUUAUCGCUGCACUGGGGAGAGCAAGGGACUGGUGGUUGGGAGAUUGAGGACCCAGUUUACAGCUGGCAUUUGCUGAGUGACCUUGGCCUAAUCUCUCAAUUUUCUGGCCUUACUCUUUUGCUGCGCUCAUUUGAGGAGGCAGGAUGUGGAGUUGCCCCACCACGACAAGAAGCCGGGGGUAGUGAUCAUGCAGGGUGAGGGCGGGAAGGAAGUGUAUGUACUGGGGAUGGGGGCUUUCUCCUGUUGAGGGGAGCUUUCACCAUGAGCUUCUUAAUCAUGUCACUUGUCCUAAAACCUGAGCAAAAUGAAGCCGUCUAUGCAGCUCUCCUCCUGGAUCUGACAGGUCGUGGCCGUGGCAGGGCAUGGCAGUCUCCUCUCCCAUGAUCCCAGAUCGUAGGCUCCUACAGUGAAGAGCAGUUCUCCUUCACCUUGUCCUCAGGCCCAAGGACAGCUUGCCCUGCUUACAGAGCAAGGUGAAGCCUGCGGUCCUCCGGGUCUUGAGCCAGACAGGAACGAAUGCUGCUGACCUCUUGCUGAAGGAACAGACCAGAAGAGGAGCUGAGAGAGGGAAGAGGGGUAUCGCAGUUUUCACACAAGCUCUCCAUGUCCAUGAUGUUCUUGGACUGGCUGAGCCAUGGCCUUUGAGAAGGGCCCAGCCUCCAUUCGAAAUCCUGGGUCCCUCAAAGUCUAACCCACAGAGCUUGCAUGAAGUCAAACCCAUGUGUAAGAGAAAGGCGAGUAGCCAGGGUGGGGGCGAUGCUACGUUCUCACAUGUUGGCUUGGAGUGAAAAAGAUGAGCUCGACUUCCCUGUCUCUCUCUUAAGCACCGUGCCGUUCACACCCCAGCAGCUCUCUUCUCACGACUUCUGCCCUGUGGGAUGGAGUGCAUCAUGUGGCAAUGUCUUACCUUCAUGCUGUGCUAACCUGUGGGUGCUCUGUCAGGAGCCCCAAGACUUCUGCUCUUCCAGAUAGAAUUAGAUGGCCUCCCUAGACCCUUGGUCCACGCACAUAGCAAUGGUGGGCUAUUGGCAUUUGAAGAAGCAUGUCCAAAGCCAAGACCCCGCCUGGAGACAUGACCCAUACUGGCUCACUCACUGUGACACCCUGCUGUGUGGGCAGUUCUGUCCCUGCCACUGGCCCCCGGGACCCUCCACAUGUCUCCCCAGGCUCAGAAACCCUGGCUUUGCUACCAUUUUAUUUCUCGUGACCUGAGCCUUGACACUGCUCUGCGCCUGGGCAGGCAGGCCGUUCCGUGUGCCAGGGAAGUCACUGGCAAGAAGGGGGAUUGCUCCUGAUGUUGGUGAGCCCUGGGGCACAGACCCAGCCACAUCAUUGAGAGGCAUGAAUUCUUUUUGUGAACGUGGUGUAAAGCUGUCAUCUAAGCAUCUCCUUCCCUUGCCCCCAUCUCUUCCCUUCCCUUGUGGUAUUUCUCCUCCUCAAGGUCAGGCUGUUGCUGAGUGGCACGGGCUCGCCUUUAGCAAUUUGGUCCUGGCACUACCUGUGUGUGGCUUGGGAGGUUCUGAAUUUGGGAGAUGGGAGCAGAUUCUCAUUUUCUACAUCACUGUGAGGAAGCCCCAGGCCAUCCUGUAGUUCUGGUACGAGCCUCCCCUAGAAACAGAAACUCUACUGCAUAGAACUCACUUAUUCCUACCUGUCUACUGUCCCCCGACCUGGCUUUUUGUGGGCCCUGACGAUUGGCCUUUGCAAGCUGAUAGCCUGGGCUAUUCUACCAGUGCUGGAGUUCUUCAGGGGCUGCCCUGGCAACCAGGACUCUGGGGAGAAACAGUCGGUUUACUGGUACAGUCAAGCUCGGCCCAAGCUCCUCUGACAGCGAACAAGACUGGGCCUCAUCCCACCAGGACGAGGCCCGGGUAGGGUCUCACUCCACCCCAACCAUUCUUGGGAUUCCAAUCUAUUUCUAGCCCCAGUUGAACUUCCUUCACCCAAAUCCCAAUAAGAAAUGGAUCCAUGAUGACAACUAAGAAAAGAAAACAAUACUAUUUUUGUUAGUACAAAUCAUCGUAGAUUUUUAGCAGUGUGUAUCCGUGUCCUUCACACCUUUUCCUAUUCUGACUUUUUUUCCUUUUUUUUUAAUAUUAUGUACUAUAUUUUUAGUCUCAAACACACUAUAUAUUAUAUAUUUAAUUUUUUAUAUAUAUAAAUAUAAAUGUUUUAAAAAGUA